AUGGCCCCCAACGCGGAAGACCUGCUGAUACGGCCGUUGAGAGAUGUCGUGACGGUGGGCAACGUUGCGGCCACCCGCGUGGCACCCCAUGCGGUUUCCCAGAGCCCCGGGUCCGCCGACCACGCCGAUCCCAUGUCGCGAGCCGCACAGGCACUCGUUCGGGAAGGUGAACGAGCACUGAACAAAGUGCAGUUGGUCUGGCGCGACCAGCUCAGCAGGUACGGCGAUGUGUUUCGUGAGACAAUGAUACAGCAAGCCUCCAUCGAGAAGAGACGUCUGGAUCUUGAGGAUUUGUUGUGGGACUUUGAAGAUUAUACCUACCCGGAUGAGUUCGACCAGGCUAAGUAUGCGGCACUCCAAGCGGCCACGAAGGCCCUCGCCCUCGACAUUGUCGAAACGGCAAGGCGACUCAAGUUUGAGGCCGUUCCCCCGCCGAUUCCAGCAGGAGGCUUCCCGCCAUUGCCACCUUUACCUACCCGGUCGGGCUCUCGUCCAGCGUCGGUUCGGUCUACACGCUCCCGGACAAUGUCGCGAGUAACAUCGCACGACGGGACCGGCGAGCCGAUGCCGCGAACGGUACGGCGCUCAGCAGGGUCAGUCACAAAGGCGGACAUGACUGAAGACAUGGCAGCUCGAUCUAGUCCGAGGCAGUCUGCCACGGGUCAGUCACAGCACUCAACAUACCUUCACGACCCUUCUCGAGAUGCAUUUACGCCACCAGCAUCACCUGGGAUGAAUCCGAUCGAGUCACAGCCACAUGCGUUGACUAUUGAUACAUCCAUCCAGUCGAAGUCGUUUGACUCCGUGCCAAGCCCCAGUACAACGCACACUAGGACAUCCGUGAUGUCGAACAACAGCACAUCCUCAUCCGCAAUGCUCGGCAGUUUAGACUCCUUAGUCAUUACCGAAGAUGCGAGCGAGCAGGACUAUGCCGGGACACACGAUGAUCCGAAAGCUUCUCGGCCAUUCUCCCAAACCGGAACCGAGUCGGGCCUUAUCGGCUUAGACGACCUCAUGAGGGAAACGGCCUACAAUAGCGACCGCCGCAAAUCACGACCGGCAAGCCCUCGUGUGCCUGACUGUGGCAUCCGCGGUGACAGCACGUAUUACAAACUCAAGGGCCUCUGCAAAGGCGCCAGCAAGUUCCGAAAAGACGGGCAUUGGGACAGCAUCCAACUCACCGAUUAUGACUACGGUGGUGGUGGUGCGGCGGCUGGCGGGGAUAUGAUUCGGGCGUCAGACGGGAUUACAGUCCCGUUCCAGUAUGAAAUGACCAACGUUGGGGCGUGCUCCGAGUGUGGGUAUGGCCACGAUCUCGAUGAGGUUGAGCUUGAUAAGAGCGAUAGCCCCGAUGCCGUCCGGAAGUCCGAAUCUGGCGCCCGCUACCGGCUACGCCUGCUAUUCAAGUCCCACCUUCGGCAAGGGAACAGCACAGAAACGCAUUAUGCUUGCCUCUGGUGUGUACAAGCCGGCAGCUCCAUCCGCGAAGGUGAUGCCACCGUCUUCCGCAGCGCAGAUGACCUCCUCCGUCACCUCGCCCGCCACCCACAACCGCUCCCCGAUGUAUCGGGCGUUUCGGUAUGUUACGGACGACUGCCGCCUUCUGCCCCUCUGGACUUUGACCUUCACCUCCCCGAAUCGGCCACGCCUGUACCUAUGCCGGAAAAUGUCGCACGACUAGCGACCGCAAUUGCGGUAAAGGAUCAUUACCGACGGCCUGGGCGCGGGAAACUGGACAAGCCACCAAAGUACGACGCCGAUAUGUUGGAGUUUAUGGAGGGCGCACGGAUCGUCGGUGUCAUAUUCCCAGAGAAGUGGGGCGGCAAAUAUUGCCUAGGCCGGCACGACGGGGUCUUCGGUGCGUUCCCAGCCAAAUCCAUCCAGUUGCGGCCGCCACAGGAGACAGAGAUCCCGUCAGGUGGGGACAGCGGGAUGAGUGUGACGACAAGGUGGAAGUGGGAGCCGCCUGGUGCCGGGGGUGCGCCGUGGCUGUCCUUUGGCAAGGGCGAGGUUAUCACGAAUGUGCAGUGUGAUCUAGGCCUCUAUGCGGACUACUGGUGUUGGUCCGGGACUAACAACAAGGGAAAGACGGGCGUGUUCCCUCAGUCGUAUAUCGACUUGCAGACGCUGCGAGGGCAGGAACCCGCGGCAAAUAAGAAGCAGAGCAGGGGGCGAAGCUUUUUUGGAUCACGAUCCAAGGAUUCGAAGAGCGGGCAUAGAAACUCGAUCGUGUCGUAA